AGAGAAAUGGCACGGAAAUAAUGAAACCUCAUCCAAUUUCAGAAUCGGGUUUUGAGGCUGAGGCCGGUCUGAGUAGGAGAGUAAUGAAGUGAAGUGCUCAAUUUCUUUCAUAAUUUUCUCUCUCCUAAAACAUUCAUGGAAGCCGCCAUUAACUUGCUCUCUUCAUCUUCCUCAUUUCCACCCAGAACCCAAUUCAGAAACAAUGCAUCUUCUUCCUCUUCUCCUUCAGUAUCCAUGGUUAAUGAACAAACGUCUUUUGUUCCCUCCACGUCCACUACCUCUUUGCUAAGACAAUUUCCUGCUUCUGUUCUUUCACACGAGCAACGGGAUGAGUGCAAGCAAUCCUCGUCGGUUCUUAGAGAAGAUAAAACAUGUCAAUUACUAUCCACCUUGGAGAGAAAGAAGCUUGAACAUGUUGCAUAUGCCCCACUGCAGAUAGGAACUGUUUCUCAACACCAGGAGGAAUUUGAACAUGAGCUUUGUGGUUGGUCUGGCCCAUCUUUCUUGUUAACAACCCUUGUAAAUGAGAAACAUCCAUGCUCAGUAGCUGUGAGCGAGCAUAUGGAUCUGAAAUCAUGUGACGUGAUUUCCCUUGCCGAGGAAGCACUAUUAGCCUCGAAAUUAGCACUGUCAUUAGCUGAGAGCUCUGCUGAAGUUGAUGCUGAUACAGAUGGACCCCUCUCUUCAAGGCCGAGCGAUACUCCAACAGUCACACCGAGAACAGUGAGGUCUUCUCGGCUUUUAGAAAGGAAAAAUAAGAAAAGGAGGUCUUCAAGGCCUAGAGUAAUUCAUGAGAUGGGUGUUGCUGAAAAAAAGGCCGAUCCAAGAAGGUCAGGUGAAGGAUAUGAUCCGAAUGAUCCUCUUCGACUAUUUUUAUGGGGUCCAGAGGCAAAGCAAUUGCUAACAGUAAAACAAGAAAAUGAAUUAAUUGGAGAGAUACAGAACUUCAUUAAACUAGUCAAUGUGAAGCAAAACCUUGAGUCUCAAUUUGAUCGUGAGCCUACGUUUGCUGAGUGGGCUGAUGCUGUUGGGUUGAGUUCUAUGGCAUUGCGUUCAGAGGUACUCUCUGGGAAAAGAAGCCGGGAAAAAUUAAUUCAUGCUAACUUACGUAUGGUGGUGUAUAUAGCCAAACAAUACCAGAACCGUGGCCUCCAUCUUAAGGACUUAUUGCAGGAAGGGAGUAUGGGGCUAAUGAAGAGUGUGGAAAAGUUCAAGCCCCAAGCUGGUUGCCGAUUUCCCAGUUAUGCAUAUUGGUGGAUAAGGCAAGCAAUUAGGAAGGCCAUAUUUCAACACUCAAAAACCAUCCGUCUGCCGGAGAAUAUGUACACCCUCCAUGCCAAGGUCUUGGAAGCUAGAAAAUUAUUCAUCCAAGAAGGGCAUCAGCAUCCGACAACAGCAGAGUUGGCACUCCGUUUAGGAAUUACAGUCGAGAAACUACAGAACUUGCUAAUUUUGAUGAGACAUCCACUUUCGAUGCAGCAACCUGUGUGGUCAGAUCAGAGCACCACUUUCCAGGAGGUUACAGCAGAUACUAAGAUUGAAAAGCCUGAUGUGUGUGCGGAAAAACAAUUGAUGAGGAAACAUAUACGUAGUCUACUCUGCACGUUGGCCCCCAGAGAAGAACAAAUAAUCAAGCUGAGGUUUGGCAUUGGAUCUGCAUCUGAAAAACGGAACUCAUUAUCUGAAAUAGGAGCCAAGUUUGGUUUGUCUAAGGAAAGGGUCCGCCAAAUAGAGAGUCGAGCAUUGCAAAAGCUUAAGGAAUCACUCAACAGCCAUGGCCUAAAAGAGUAUACAGAUUUACUCUUGUAAAGCUGUGCAUUCCAUUUCCAUUUCCAUUUCAAUUACAGUAUUUUCACCCGUUAGUUUUCAUGUAAAUUAGAUAUAAUUGAAAUUUAUUAAUAUUAAUACCCAUUUGGGUAAAUGGGUCUUCCUGUAAUUAGAUGAAAGUUCUGUAUCUAAUUCGAUGUUGCAAAAUGUACAUAUUGCGUAGCUAAUCAUUUGAUUUCUGCCUGAAACUUCAAA